AUGGCUUCUAGCGGGGAGAAACUGGAUAUUGAGCCCGUUCAACCGCCUAGAAACGCGACGGCAAACACAGAGCAUACCACAAGUACUGCAGUAGCCACCAGCUUCUCGUCAGAGAUACAACUCGACUACACAUCAGAAAAGCAGGUCGACACGGAAGGGACACCCUCUACCCCAGAGCGAGACCCGGAGGCAGGGAACAACGCAGCAGACCAACCCCGGCCAGUGCCCGUUCCUCGUCUGAAACGUCGCGGUUUCCUCGGUCAGAUAACGCUGGUUCCUGAAGUUGAGAAUCCACGGGCAUACUCACAAUCGACGAAAUGGGCUCUCACGACUACGAUCUCGCUGGCAACGUUGAUUGCGCCCAUAGGAACAUCGAUCUUUUAUCCUGCGUUACAUGAGGUGGAAAGCGACUUGCACACCAAUGCAACUGUUACCAACUUGUCUCUGGCAUUCUAUCUCCUGGCCAUGGCGAUCUUCCCCCUCUGGUGGUCGCAGUGGGCGGAAAUAUUCGGACGGCGAACAAUCUACCUGGCAUCUUUCUCAUGCGGAGUCAUAUUCGCCGUUCUGGCUGCCAUCUCAAACUCGAUUGGGAUGCUUGUAGCUGUGCGACUGUUGAGCGGUGGCUCGGCAGCUUCUGUUCAGGCCGUCGGAGUCGCUUCGAUAGCAGAUCUAUGGGAGCCACGAGAACGAGGGCGAGCCAUGGGCAUAUUCUUCCUCGGUCCUCAGCUAGGCCCUUUCCUGGCUCCAAUUGUCGGUGGCGCCCUGGCUGACCGAUGGGGCUGGAGGAGCACCAUGUGGUUCGUGGUCAUUUUGGCGGCGGCCAUGCUAGUGAUGCUGUUCCUCGUACUUCCGGAGACUUCCUCGAGGAAAGAGACUUCAUGGUGGAGUCAAACUAAUGCGAGGAUAGGGAAGCGCAAUCCUCUUGUCAAGGCGGUUAUCAUCUUUCGCAUCCUGAUGAUAGACCCAUUCAAAGCCCUGCUAGUGAUGAGAUAUCCGGCAAUGUUCUUACCCAUGUUCUACAUCGGAGUGGUCACCAUCUACUUCUACGUCCUCAACAUCAGCAUCCAAAAUACCUUUGCCAGCUCUCCGUAUAACUUCGGCAUCCUCAUCGUUGGGCUCUUAUACAUUCCGUCGUCGCUGGGCUAUAUUGUUGGCAGCGUCGUUGGUGGUCGAUGGAUGGACUUUGUGAUGCAGCGUGCAGCCAGAAAGGCCAAUCGCCGGGAUGAAAAUGGGAAGCCCAAGGUCUUCCCCGAAGAACGAAUGCAAGAGAACGCAUGGUUGGGAGCUCUUCUGCCACCGGCUGCACUGCUGUGGUAUGGAUGGACAGCGCAGUAUGGUGUUUUCUGGCUUUGCCCGUUGAUUGCCAACUUCUUCACGGGCUUUGGAAUGAUCAUUAUCAUCAGCGUCGGCAUCACAAUGAUCAGUGAAUUCAUGCCCGGCGACCAUCGAGGUCUAGCUGCCUCGGUCUUUGUGCGUAAUGUCCUUGGUUGUGUAGGCACAGUCGCUGCAUCUCCCAUGCUCAACCAACUAGGGAAUGGAUGGACCUUCACACUCUGGUCGUUGGUGGCGUUGGCCAGUUCAUCAUGUAUUGUCGCCAUCACCAAGUUCGGUCCCCGAUGGAGAGAGUCUAUGUCGACUUCUAGAGCAACUUGA